AUUUUGAAAACCCUAACCUCUCUGAGUUCGAUCCUUUUCCGAUGUACGGAACCGAGAAUAACCGAGAUGAUUCGGAGCGAACGGCGUUCAGAAGAUCAGAGAAGAAGUACAAGCUCUACUACGACUACAAUGCUUCUUCCAAGAACAAAAAGAAAAAACAACCUAAACCCGUGGACUUAGCGGAGGUCCUUGACUUUAGAUCUAUUCUAGAAUGCUAUCACCAAAACGCUGUGCUUCCUUCGGGUGUUAUCGUUCUUCACGACAAGUUCACCUCUCCGGUUUUUGCUUUACAAAAUCGCCCAGGCUUUUAUUUUAUUCCUGGGGCAUUAAGCAUAGAGAAACAAUGUAGUUUGAUAAGGGAGAGUUUGACUGAUUUUCCGCAGCCACCUAACAGAACAAAUCACAAUGCCUUGUAUGGUCCUAUUCAGGACGUGUUCGUUGCAGCUAAGGAAGGGAAACUUUUGGUUGAAGACAACUCUCCAAUUACUUCUUCUGAAACUUAUGCUGAUAUUGAUCAUAGAGAUGAUAAGGAAUGGAAGUUUACUACUGAAAAGGACAUGUCGUUGAGAAAGUGCAGAACAGUUUCUGCUUCUGUGUUACUUAGAAAGUUGCGAUGGAGCACCCUUGGCCUACAAUUUGAUUGGUCCAAGCGGAAUUAUGAUGUAUCUCUCCCACAUAACAAAAUCCCUGAAGCAUUAUGUGAGCUUUCCAAACAAUUGGCAAAACCUGCUUUGCCUGGUGGUGUUGAGUUCAGACCUGAUGCUGCAAUAGUGAAUUACUUCGGCCUAGGGGACACAUUGGGUGGCCACCUUGAUGACAUGGAAGCAGAUUGGAGCAAGCCUAUUGUUAGUCUAAGUCUGGGCUGCAAAGCUAUAUUUCUUUUGGGAGGAAAAUCCAGAGAGGAUACUCCCUUGGCAAUGUUCCUUCGAAGCGGUGAUGCUGUACUUAUGGCUGGAGAUGCAAGGGAAUGCUUUCAUGGGGUUCCUCGGAUCUUCACAGAUAAAGAAAAUGCUGAAAUAGGCCAUCUUGAGACACGGCUGACGCAUGAAGAUGAUAUUUGUUUCUUAAAAUACAUUCAAACAUCUAGAAUCAACAUCAAUAUCAGACAAGUUUUUUGAGUAGUAUGUUCUUUUCUUUCGAAGUGAAAUUUGUUUUAUUAGCUCAAGGAACAAAAAAAUGAUGUAUGAUUUCUAUUUAACGUGAUUAUUGCUUUAUAUGACAAGCGAGUCCUAUCCAGCAAACCUGGCGCUGCUAAGGUACUUUUCCUUCUGUUAAUUCUUCGUGAAUUGUUGAGUCGGGGAAUUGGGAGGUAAACUUGAUAAUAGUAGCUUUUUAGCCUGUUUGGUUUCGUGUUA